UUUCCCAACCGCCAAAAACGCUUGAAAAGAAGAAGAAGAAGAAAGUCCUCCCUCCGAGGACGACGACUAACGUACUGGGCGGGUCGAAACACUGGACACAUAUAAACCAGAAGACGCUUUUGUUUCUGUCUAUUGAUCCUGAGUGGCGGUAUCAUGGCUGAGGCAGACCGACCAGGGAAGCUCUUCAUCGGUGGCCUGAACACUGAAACUAGUGAGAAGGUCCUUGAAGCGUAUUUCAGCAAGUUUGGCAGAAUAUCAGAAGUUCUGUUGAUGAAGGAUCGUGAAACGAACAAAUCUAGAGGCUUUGCGUUUGUAACUUACGAAAAUCCUGGUGACGCAAAAGAUGCGGCAAGGGAAAUGAACGGAAAGCCCUUUGAUGGAAAGCCUAUUAAAGUGGAACAGGCCACGAAACCUCAGUUUGAGUCUUUGGGACGCCGUGGUCCACCUCCAUCACGAAGUCGUGGCUCUUCUAGAGGUCUGCGAGGGUCUAGGGGAGCAUCAAGCAGAGAACCCUUUUUUAAAGGCAUGUCAUCCAGAGGGCCUCCGCCACUGAAGAGAGGCCCACCGGAGCGUAAUGGAGGACCCCCAUCCAAAAGAUCCACAUUCUCUGGGCCAAUGGGAAGACUGUCCAGAGAACGGGACCCAUACGGCCCCCCUCGCAGAGAUUCUCUGAUGUCACGGCGUGAUGAUGGUCCUCCACCUCGUUAUGACCACUACAGUAGCAAAGACAGUUACUCCAGCCGUGACUACAUGAGUUCACGGGACAGUCGAGACUAUGCCCCAUCACCACGUGAUUACCCGUACCGGGAGUAUUCGGGCCAUUCCAGUUCUAGAGAUGACUAUGGGUCAGGAUCCAGAGGUUACGGUGAUCGUGAUGGCUAUGGUGGAGGACGAGAGCCCAGGGGUUACAUGGAUCGGCCCAGUACGGGCUCCUAUAGAGAUCCUUACGACGGUUACGGUAACUCACGAAGCGCCCCACCCUCAAGGGGUCCCCCUCCGUCCUACAGUGGGAGUAGUGGAAGCAGUCGUUAUGACGACUAUGGCAGCAGUUCCAGAGAUGGAUAUGGCAGUCGUGACAGUUAUCCCAGCAGUCGGAGUGACCCGUACUCCACUAGUCGUGGUGACCGUCUGGGUAGGCAAGAGCGAGGGCCACCCCCUCCUCUAGAUCGAGGCUAUCAUCGUGAAUACAGCAGCUCAAGCCGUGGGGCGCCUCGAGGCGGUGGCCGCGGUGGUCGGCCAGAUAGAGGAAUGGCCCGGAACCGAUACUGAGAUGGACUCUGUGGAAAAACAAAUAAAACAGAGAAAUAUGAAGAGUUCAAAAGACUUUAAGGUUAAAAAAAGCGCCCUUUUAAACUCUGGACUUCAAGCUUCAGUUUCAAGCUGUACUCAAACUUGUGAAAGUUUUUAUUUUAUUAUUUUUGUCCUUUUUUUUUUUUUUAAAUUCAAAGUUUCGUUCUCUUCUCUUGCCCGCUUCCCAUUUAAUGGUACCGUUGCAAAUCUAAGUUUGUUCUUUUUGUAUACUAGUGACAUGUUAAAGCUGCAGUGCCCUAACAUAUGGCUUUCAUUUACCAAUAAAAUAUUUUUAAACCAAGCUCUUGAGCAACAACUCCAUUCAAGAGAAUGAGAAACUAUGAAGUGUAAAUAUCCAUUAACGUUUCAGCUUUCCAUGGUGAGCAACCCCAAAUUCCACUUAAUACAAAUGCAAUGCAGAAUAUUCAUGUAGGCAUGAUUGUUCACAUUGUUGGGGACUGGGCAAAUGUCACCUUUUUCCAAACUCUAUGGGUGUAGUCUUCCUCAGUGCAAAUGGAUCCUUCAUCACAAAGCCUAAACAUUGACGCCUUGCAUCGACCAAUCCAAAGACUACCAAAAUGCAAGAAACAAAUCCGCACCACAGAUAAAACCUGUCAACAGCUGGUAAGCAAAGCAAACCCUUUUGUUCUGGUGUAAGUCAAGUCUCGGUGGUGUUAUAUUGCAGCUUGAAGGUUAUUGUAAUUUAGUCAAACAUCGACUUGGUUGCACUGGCUUUUUCAAAUGCAAUCUGAACUAUGUAAUUUCCAACAUUUAUUAACAAACUCACUUCUGCCUUCAAAGGAGUCUGGUCUCUCUCUCUCUCCCCAGCCACUGGAUCACUUCAGUCUUAGUCUCAGAAAUAUCAGCCAGUUCUACUGUUGCACUAAAGGAGAAAAUGUGUGGAUUUUUUUUCCCCCCUGCCCCUUGAGAAAUUGCCCAAUAUUUCUAUUUUAUUUUAAUUUUUAUAAGGAUGUUAAGAUAAAUCUCCUCAAUGGAUCUAUAUCUACAGCCAAAUGUAAACCACAUAGCUGCAAAACCUCUUCAAACCUCCUAAUGUGGAACCCUUUUGAAAAUUUAGGAAACUCACUUAGUGUUACCAAAAAGCCAGAACGCUCUCAAGCAUGCCAAUUCUAACAAAGGAGACCAUGUGGACAAAGACCGCACCCUAUCAACAAACCUGGAAAACCUAUCAGCUUGGGUCAUUUGAGUUCUUUUGUAAAUUAAACAAAUUUUGUCCCUUAUGCUGAGCUGCAACAGUUUGCUGAUGGAAACUCUCAUUGCAGGCUGAACGGAGGAAAGGGAGUUUGCUGGUAAUACGUCAUUGCUGAUCAGCACCUUUUGCCAUUUGGUGAUGCAUGAUGGUCUCAAGUAAGAUGCAGAUCCGAACUAUGCAGGUUCUUUGGAGGCUGCAGUUCAUGGAGGCUGAUGUUUGGAUGGAGUGCUACAGAUGGAGUGCCUUUAUUUUUCUUUAUUCAAUAAAACUAUCAUUUGAAAUGAA